AUGCCUGACUCCAUUGCCGAACCUUUUACAUUCCCACUUUACCACACUCGUUCGUCCUCUACAGACCAUACUGUCCUUCCUUACCACCAAGGUCACAGCAGAAUCGAAGCAGGAGACCCGCGCCGACUCCCAACCCAGUCCCGCCAGAUCGAACUGAACGAACUUCCACCCCGCCAGGCACUCUACAGCGAAUCUACGCAAUCCCUGAGUCCUGUUGACGUCCGCGAAGAGGAAGAGGAGGACUCUGAGGCUGAGAGUUCGGAACAAGAUUACCUCGUCGUCGAAGGUUCCACGUCGCAGAUGAAACGCGGCAAAUCCAAGAAGAGCAAAGACAAACGAUCGCCUUCGCGCCCCAACCUACGGAUCGAAGUCGACCAGAACGGCAAUGUAGAUAGUCACACAAACGGCAAAAUGGACUCUCACAUCGAGCUGAGGCGUAAACACGUCUCGAGCGACGAUCCGGCAGCCAACGUAGCCAGAGUCACAAACAGGGAGGAUUUCACGCUCGACAAUGAUCCACCACAGACACCGCAGACGCCGGGGAUGGUGAACACCAGUUUCUCGAAUCUCCCUCCAAAAGACAAGCGCAAUUUCUUGCUCCUAGUGCUCUUAUAUUUUCUUCAGGGUAUACCCAUGGGCUUGGCCUCAGGGUCUGUACCCUUCCUGUUGAAAAGUUACCUCUCAUACGGCCAGAUUGGCAUCUUCUCACUCGCGAUAUACCCAUAUUCCUUGAAGUUGUUGUGGAGUCCGAUAGUUGAUGCGGUUUGGAGCAGACGGUUCGGGCGAAGGAAGAGCUGGAUCACCCCCAUUCAAACCAUUUCCGGACUGUCGAUGAUUUACCUUGGGGGCGGGAUUGAUAAAAUGAUGAAAGCCGCAGGGGAGAAUGAUGGGGCUGGUGUCUGGGGAUUUACUGGCUGGUGGUUUCUUCUCGUCUUCCUAUGUGCUACUCAAGACAUUGCCGUUGACGGUUGGGCCAUCUCGCUGCUAUCGAUCCAGAAUAUUUCCUAUGCUUCCACAGCGCAGACGGUCGGUCUGACAGCAGGAUCUUUCUUGUCACACACGGUUUUCCUAGCGCUUCAGGCCCCGGAUUUCGCCAAUGCUUGGUUCAGAACCGUGCCAAAGGAAUAUGGGUUGCUGACCCUCGGCGGUUACAUGAAAUUCUGGGGCUGGGUGUACCUCAUAGUCACGGUUGGCCUGGCUGUUCUGAAAAGAGAGGAAAAGUCGAACGAACGAGAUGGAAUCAUGGAGGUCUACCGCAGUAUGUGGGCUGUGCUCAAACUUCCCAACAUCCUGAUCAUCAUUAUUGUCCAUCUAAUUGCCAAACUUGGCUUCGUGACCAACGAUGCAGUCACGAACCUGAAAUUACUCGACAAAGGGUUUGGCCAGGCCAAUAUGGCCUUGGUUGUAUUGAUUGAUUUUCCCUUCGAACUGAGUUUGGGAUAUUACGCCGGCAAAUGGUCGACCGAGUACACGCCUUUGAGGCUAUGGUGCUGGGCCUACGUGGCUCGACUACUCGCUGCUGUGUUUGCUCAGUUCACUAUCAUGAUCUAUCCGGCUGGGCUCGAUGAGCCGGUCCCGUUGUGGUACAUGCUUGUGGUGAUUGCUGAACACAUUUACUCGACAUUCAUGAACACGGUCAUGUUUGUCGCAAUAUCUGCGUUUCACGCCAGGAUUGCCGACCCAGCAAUUGGGGGCACAUACAUGACGCUGUUAGCUACGGUCUCGAAUCUGGGCGGGACAUUUCCCAAGUUCUUCAUCCUCAAAUUUGUCGACCUCUUCACCAAGGCUACCUGCUUUCCACCUGCCGAUCCGGAGGGUUUCUCAAAGGCUCAUCCCGACAUCAGUCCAAUCACGAGCUCGUUCAGUUGCGCCUUGGAAGCCGACAAGAACACGUGUCUAAAGGGUGGCGGCACUUGUCUCAUGCAGCGUGAUGGGUACUAUAUCACAAACGUGAUCUUUGUGAUUGUUGGAGCGGUUUUGUUUUGGACCUAUAUAGAGAAGAAGGCACUCGCACUGCAAGCUCUGCCGCUUCGCGCGUGGAGAGUGCAAGGGGACUACCGUCAGGUGGCGACGAGUUAG